AUGCCCCUGCUGCCCAGCGCUGUGGGCCUGGCAGGCCUGCUCCUCUGGGCAGGCCAGACAGCGGAUGCCUCAAUGGUGCCCAAUGCCACCUUAUCCCUGGGCCGACCUGAGGGCAUGGCUGUGCAACCCCUGAGUGGCCUUGGGGUGCCCCGGUACCGCCGGAAGCGCCAUCUCUCUGCCCGGGACAUGAGUGCCUUAUUGGAUUAUCACAACCACAUCCGGGCCAGCGUGCACCCACCUGCAGCCAACAUGGAGUACAUGGUAUGGGAUGAGCGACUGGCCAGUUCUGCCAAGGCCUGGGCUACCCAAUGCACCUGGGCCCAUGGGCCCUCACCGCUGAUGCGCUAUGUGGGCCAGAACCUCUCCAUCCAUUCUGGCCGGUACCGCUCGGUGGUGGAUCUCAUGAAGUCUUGGUCAGAGGAGAAGCAGCAUUUCUUGUUUCCAUCCCCAAAGGACUGUACCCCGCAUUGCCCCUGGCACUGCAGUGGCCCUGUCUGCUCCCACUACACCCAGAUGGUGUGGGCAUCCUCCAGUCGGCUGGGCUGCGCCAUCCAUACCUGUGCCAGCAUCAGUGUCUGGGGCAGCACCUGGCAUCAAGCGGUGUACCUGGUCUGCAACUAUGCCAUUAAGGGCAACUGGAUCGGUGAGGCUCCGUACAAGAUGGGGAAGCCAUGCUCCGCCUGUCCCCCAAGUUACCAAGGCAGCUGCAAUAGCAACAUGUGCUUCUCUGGGCUCAAAUCCAACAGGCUCCUGUGGACCUGA